AUGCCUACCAUGUGGUUAUCAGAUUCCCAAAAGAUUGGGGUAGCCUUUUGUUCAGGUGGCGGGUUCUUCCUGAUCGGAGGUGUUAUGAUGUUUUUUGAUAGAGCUAUGCUCGCAAUGGGAAAUAUUCUCUUUUUAAUCGGCUUAACUGUCAUAAUUGGACCACAAAAAACAAUGGCGUUCUUUGCGCGGAGACAAAAGCUUAAGGGGACCGGAGCCUUUUUCGCUGGACUUGCACUCAUCCUCAUGAGGUGGCCAUUUACAGGAUUUCUGGUGGAAUUAUACGGCAUAUUUAUCUUGUUUGGUGACUUCCUAGGGACUAUAGCUGGGUUCGCAAGGAACAUACCGAUUAUUGGCUCAUACAUCGGAGCCAUGGUCGAUAGAAGCGGAGUUGCAAUGAGGGGAGCAGAGUUACCUGUCUGA